UUCAAGCCAGUUCAAAAAAUAAAAAAGCUAAGCCCAUAAUCACGUCAUCAUCUCCUUCUCGAUUCUCCUUUCCUCCUCGUCCCCCUCCCUGUUGCAGACACAGAACAGAAGCCGAAGAGAAAGAUUUCACUUUAUCGAACUCUCGAAUUCAUAGAAAAAAUGGCUCAAAUCCCUAACUUAGACAACUCUCCUCUCAAUCUUAAAUCCUUCAGGGAACAAUCUCAGAAAGAUCUCGUUGACAUCCUCAAGAACAUUCGAGGAAAGAAGUGUUUAGUGAUUGAUCCAAAGCUUAGUGGAUCAAUUUCGCUGAUCAUCCAGACAACAAUUCUUAGGGAAAAUGGUGCUGAAUUGCGGCAUCUUUCAGCGGAACCAGUUCAGACUGAUUGUACUAAAGUGGUUUACCUUGUUCGUUCAGAGUUCAGUCUGAUGAGAUUCAUAUGUUCCAAUAUUCAUCAUGACACGUCACAAGGACUCCAGAGGGAGUACUAUGUUUAUUUUGUGCCUCGUCGUGAGGUUGUUUGUGAGAAGGUCCUUGAGGAGGAAAAUGUUCAUAACUUGGUGACAAUCGGGGAGUACCCAUUAUACAUGGUUCCAUUGGAUGAGGAUGUACUAUCAUUUGAACUUGACUUAGCUAACAAAGAAUGCCUAGUUGAUGGUAAUACAAGUUCACUCUGGCAUAUUGCAAAGGCCAUUCACAAGCUUGAGUCUUCUUUUGGAGUGAUACCAAAUGUGAGAGCAAAAGGUAAAGCAUCAGUACGCAUUGCUGACAUUCUCAAUCGCAUGCAAGCAGAAGAACCAGUUAACUCAUCCGAUAUGGUUAUGCCAGAAAUAAAUACUCUCAUUCUUAUAGACAGGGAGGUGGACAUGGUUACUCCUAUGUGCUCUCAAUUAACAUAUGAAGGACUUCUGGACGAGUUUCUGCACAUCAACAAUGGUGCCAUGGAGCUUGAUUCAUCAAUCAUGGGUGAUCAACAAGAAGGAAAAAAGAUGAAAGUUUCACUUAAUUCAAGUGACAAGCUGUUCAAGGAAAUUCGAGAUCUCAACUUUGAAGUUGUUGUCCAGGUCCUUCGUCAAAAAGCAACAUCUAUGAAGCAGGACUACACAGAUAUGACAACUACUCACCAGACAGUUUCUGAGUUAAAGGAUUUUGUUAAAAAGCUGAAUUCAUUGCCGGAGAUGACUAGACACAUAAAUCUGGCUCAGCAUCUGUCAACAUUCACAUCAAAGCAUUCAUUUCAGUCACGACUUGACAUGGAGCAGACACUUGUUGAGGCUCAGAGUUAUGACAUAUGCUAUGAUUACAUUGAAGAAUUAAUCCAUAAGCAGGAGCCUCUAGUUACUGUCGUGCGUCUUCUGAUCUUAUUUUCCAUCACAAAUUCAGGGCUUCCAAAAAAGAAUUUUGAUCAUUUGAGGAGGGAGCUGCUUCAUAGCUAUGGAUUUGAGCACAUAGCAAUGUUGAAUAAUUUAGAGAAGGCUGGAUUGCUUAAAAAGCAGGAAAGUAAAGGCAACUGGCUGACAAUCAAACGUAAUCUCCAGCUUGUAACUGAGGAUACUGACACUACCAACCCCAACGACAUUGCAUAUGUCUUUUCUGGAUAUGCACCACUUAGCAUCCGCCUUGUCCAGCAUGCUGUUCGAUCUGGAUGGCGUCCCAUGGAAGAAACUUUGAAGCUGUUGCCAGGACCUCAUUCAGAAAUGAAGAGAGGUGGAUUCUCAAGCAGUUCUUCGUUUGACACUUUGCAUGGGGCUUCAGCAGCUGUUGACAGAGUUGCUGAUGGAAGACGCUCCCUGGUACUUGUUGUUUUCAUUGGAGGGGUAACAUUUGCAGAAAUUUCUGCACUUCGAUUUCUCAGUGCUCAGGAAGCGAUGGCAUAUGAUAUGAUUAUUGGGACAACAAAAAUCGUCAACGGUAACACCUUGACCCAGACAUACAUGGAAAAGUUGGGUUAAUUUGUAAAGAAUUGUAUUUUACACCGACUUCUUAAGCGACGACUUGGAAAUUUUUUGGCUUACCAAGCCGAGAAUGAGACGGCUCACGGAAAACGCGCAGAAAGCGCCAAGGUAAUGCUAUCGAGCUAUUCUGUGCGGAGAAACAUUGGUAUUUUGAUUAUUUUAUUUUCCCUGGCCGGAAUUGUUUGUGUAUAUACGUUGUGUUGACAUUUCUAGAGAAUUCUUGUAAAUUGUUUAUUUGGGUUGAAUGAAAGGGAGGUUUUUUCAAUCAAUAAA